GGCCAUGCGGAGGCUGCGCUCCGGGCUCUGCCCGCUCUUCAUCCUCCUCAGCAUCGUCCUCUCUUCGCUCCCGCCGGCGGCCGCAUCCCCCCCGACCCGACCGUGCGUCCCCUCGGGGCUGCGCCGGAGGCCGCUCCCGGCACCAGCCAGCUCUGGAGCCUGCGCGGGGCCGUAUGGGACUGAGGAGGGAAAUGUCGGGGUGCAAAAGGAUGGAGAACGCAGGCAGCUGCCGGGGGUGGGCAGCGGGCUCGCUGUGUCCCCCCUGGAUAUUGCCCCUCUCCGGGAUGUCACUCUUCGGCCAGGCUUUGCUCCAGUUGCUUUGCGGAGCAGACGCUCCCCCCAGGAGCUUCCCGAGGCUCGUGCUGCUCCCAGGAGACGGAAGAGGGACUGGGUGAUUCCCCCCAUCAAGGUUCCUGAAAAUGAGAGGGGUCCCUUCCCCAAAAAGCUGGUUCAGAUCAAAUCCAACCGGGACAGAGACACUAAAAUCUUCUACAGCAUCACGGGGCAGGGAGCAGAUGCUCCCCCGGAGGGCAUCUUCACCAUUGAGAAGGAGUCGGGCUGGAUGAAGGUGACGCAGCCGCUGGACCGGGAGCGCAUCGACAAGUACCAUCUUUUCUCCCACGCCGUGUCAGAGAAUGGCAAACCAGUGGAGGAGCCGAUGGAGAUCAUAGUCACAGUCACAGACCAGAACGACAACAAGCCUCAGUUCACACAGGAGGUCUUCAGGGGCUCCGUGCCCGAAGGCGCUUUGCCGGGCACCUCCGUGAUGCAGGUGACAGCCACGGACGCAGACGAUGCAGUGGAGACCUACAACGGUGUCAUCGCCUACUCCAUCCUCAGCCAGGAGCCGCGCGAGCCCCAUCCCCACAUGUUCACCGUCAACCGGGCCACCGGCACCCUCAGCGUCAUCGCCAGCGGCCUUGACCGAGAGGUGGGGGCUAGGCAGUACCAUAGGGGUGGGCAGCCCUGGUACCAGGCCAUGGGACUGACAAAGUGUCCAUUUGUCUGUCUGCCGCAGCGCGUGCGGCAGUACACACUGACAGUGCAGGCAGCCGACCUGGACGGCGAGGGGCUGACCACAACAGCGCUGGCCGUGAUCGAGAUUGCAGAUGUCAAUGACAACGCCCCUGAGUUUGACCCCAAAACGUACAAGGCAGCGGUACCAGAGAAUGAGGCCGGGCAGGAGGUGGCACGGCUGGUCGUCACUGACCUGGAUGAGCCAAACACGCCGGCCUGGCGAGCUGUCUACUCCAUCCUGCGUGGCAAUGAGGGAGGUGCCUUCACCAUUGCCACUGAUCCUGCCAGCAACGAGGGUGUCCUCCGCACCACCAAGGGUCUGGACUACGAGGCCAAGAAGCAGUUCGUGCUCCAUGUAGCUGUCACCAAUGAGGCCCCUUUUGCUGUCAAGCUGCCGACAGCCACUGCAACGGUGACUGUCAAUGUAGAGGACGUUAAUGAGGCACCCAUCUUUGACCCACCAGUGCGGUUUGCCCAGGUGCCAGAGGAUGUGCCACCAGGGCAGACCCUCACCUCCUGCACUGCCCAGGACCCCGACAAAGCCCAGGGACAGAGGAUCAAGUACCUGGUGGGACAUGACCCUGCAGGCUGGCUGGCUGUGCACCCUGAGAAUGGCUUAGUGACAGCACGGGACCACCUGGACCGUGAGUCCCCCUUCGCCAAGAACAGCACCUACACCGCCAUGCUGCUGGCUGUGGACGAUGGCUCACCACCCGCCACGGGCACUGGCACCCUGCUCCUCACCCUGCUUGAUGUGAACGACCAUGGCCCUGAGGCCGAGCCACGGGACAUCACCAUCUGCAACCGCAGUCCCCAGCCCCAGAUCCUCACUGUCACUGACAGGGACUUGCCACCCAACACUGGCCCCUUCCGCGCCGAACUCACCCAUGGUUCAGGGGACAGCUGGGCCGUGGAGGUCGGCGAUGAAGACGACACAGUCACGCUGCGCCUGGUGGCACCACUGGAGCCAGACCUCUACAGCGUCUACCUGCGGCUCCUCGACCGCCCGGGCAAAGCCCAGCUCACCAUCAUCACUGCGCGGGUCUGCGACUGUGAGGGGCCAGCGCAGGGCUGUCCCCAGAGGCGCCAGCCUGCCACUGCCCUGCCCUUCAUCCUUGCUGGCCUUGGUGCUCUCCUGGCUUUGCUGCUCAUCCUGCUGCUGCUGCUGCUCUUUGUGAGGAGGAGGAAGGUGACCAAGGAGCCACUGCUGCUGCCUGAGGAUGACACACGGGACAACGUCUUCUAUUAUGGGGAGGAAGGUGGUGGUGAGGAGGACCAGGACUAUGACCUGCGGCAGCUGCACCGGGGUCUAGAUGCUCGUCCUGAGGUGCUGCUGCGCAACGAUGUGGCCCCCACCCUCCUGCCAGCCCCCCAGUACCGGCCUCGGCCUGCCAACCCUGACGACAUUGGUACCUUCAUUGAGGAGAACUUGAAGGCGGCCGACACAGACCCCACAGCGCCCCCCUAUGACUCCCUGCUGGUGUUUGACUACGAGGGCAGCGGCUCAGAGGCCACCUCGCUCAGCUCCCUCAACUCUUCCGACUCCGACCGCGACCAGGACUACGACUACCUCAACGACUGGGGCAGCCGCUUCAAGAAGCUGGCUGACCUCUAUGGUGGGGGGGAGGAUGACGAUUAGGGCACCCUGCACCUUGGCACCCCUGCCCUGCGCCUUACUACUGCCCGUGCCUUGGGGCUGAUGUCCCCCAACCCCACCUCGGCAGCAGCCUCCCUCCCUUCCCUCCCCCCCGUUUUUGGUGGUUAUUCUGGUUUCUUUGUACAUGGAUGAAAUGAAGGUGGUGUGAUGCCACGGGCACGGGGAGCUGCCAGGGGAAGGGGCAAUAAAGGAUGUGGUGGUUGUU